AUGUGGGGCAAUUUUGUUCCAGACCUUGGUAAGCUAGGCGAGCAACUGACAGCGGCGGCAGGCGAAGCAUUGCAGAAAGCCACUGCUGAUGUGGAGAAGAGCAUCGACAGCAGGCUCGGCAUUAAAGGAGGUUUAGGUGCCAAGGCAGCGGCAGGAAAUGUUGCAGUCGAGGCUCAAGCACCGGCUGCGUCCGGGCUCAGCGAUGGCUCUGGCUCGGCAUCUGCGGACCCGGCCACGCCCAUCGCUGCUCCCGGCGCCAAGCCUGGCCAGAAGAAGGUGGUCAAGAAAAUAAUUCGCCGCGUCGUCAAAGGCAGCAGCGCGGAACCAGCUGCGGCAGCAGCAGCCGCCGGAGGAGGAGCAACAGCCGUCUCCAGCAAUGCCACGACCCCUCGUAACCCCGCAGAGGAAGGCAACGCGUUCCCAACCUCCUCCGCCGGACCAUGCAUCACUGAUACCAGGACCGCAAUGCCGCCGGGCCACUCCGAUCGCACCGGCCCUGGAGCCACGACCUAUGAAGGGCCCGGCUCGGCCAGCCCCGCCAGCUCACCCCCGGCACGGCUCAACGGAGCCCACCAGGAAGCCGCCGCAGGUCUGGAACCCAAACCCAAAUUGAAAUCCAAAUCCAGUGCCCCGGUAGAGAGCGGAGUCACUUCAACCCCGGCUCCGGAACCGUCAGCUACGGGCAGUAGUGGCAGUGGUGGUCAUUUGGCCAAUGGGGUUACCCCGCCAGCGGCGUCACCAUCAUCAUUAUCAUCAUUAUCACCAGCAGCAGGAGCAGCAGCAGGAGCAGCAGGAGCAGCAGCAGCAGUGCCCGCAGUAGCCCAAAGGAUUUUCGGGGAAACAGAUACUGCCGCUGAACCGCGAGGCCAGCCGCCUCCACCACAAUCACCAUCACGACGCCAUCAGGAGCAGCAACAGCAACAGCAGCAGGAUGGCGGAGCUCAGGAGCUAAUGGCAUCAUCGUUUGAAGCAUCCGCAUCGGUAUCAGAAGCAGUAGCAGCAGCAGGGGGAGCAGGCAGGGCAGCGGACUUUGGGGACGGCGGCGACGCCGACGCCGACGCUACUGCCGCCGAGCCGUCAGCGGCAAUGGCAGGCGGGCCGGUCCCGGCCGGCGGGUGGGAUGAUGCUGGGUGGCCGGAUGAGGACCUGGAGGACAUACUUGCAGGACAGGCGCCUGGAGCAAGCGGCGGCGGGGGGGACACCGCUGCUGCCGCCUCUGACGGCGAAAAAGCAGCGGUGUCGUCCUCGUCGCCCGGCGCGGAUGGCCCUGCGGCGGCGGUGGCGGCGGCGGGCGCCGGGGCGGCGUCCGGGGUAGCGGGGACGGUCUCUGUAGAUCAGCAGCAGCCGCACAACCAGCGCCGCCAGGCGGUAUCCAUUGCUGCUGGUUCCGGUGCUGGAGCAGAUCCAGAUCCAGGUCCAGGUUUAAAUCCAGCAGCAGCUAAGGGGAAUGAAGGUGGGGAGGAGGCUGCCCCUUCCACCGCCGCAGUUGACGGGGAGGUGCCCUCAGCGUCAACCGCCGCCGCCGGCAAGCUCGUAAAGCAGAUAUCCAGGUUGGGCGGGAAAUUGGAGCUAGGAGCCAAGGACGCCGCGGCAGCGGCGGCGGGGGAAGGCGGGUCGUCUUCACCGCCGUCGCCGUGGGCCCAGGCCCCGGCGGUCAACGGCGGCUGCUCGGCGGACGGUGGCAGCAGCAGCAGCAGCGCAGCCGCUGCCGCCGCGGCAGCGGCAGCGGCUUCCCGUGAGCGUGAAGAACUCGAGGAGCUUCGUCGUACAGUCGCCAAGCUCCAAUCGGAACUUCGAGAGCGAGACACGCAGUUGCACGUGCAGGCUGUACGGAUGUCGGACAUGCAGCAGGUGGUUUCGGGGCUACAGACCCGCAAUGAGGAGCUGGCGUUACGUUCCGCAGGUCUGAGCGAGGCGGACUUUGAGGCGGUCCGUACGGAGUUUGAGCAGCGGCUGGCGGCCGCCGAGCGCAAGGUGUAUGCGUUGACUAAGGAGCGUGACGCGCUGCGCAAGGGUUCGGAGAAGUUGGCGGAUUAUGGGGCGCUGGUAAAGGAAAAGGACGACAUCAUUAAGCAGGUGAUGGACGAGGGCGAGAAGCUGAGUAAGAAGCAGGUGGAGCUGGAGGGCAUUAUCAAGCGGCUGCGGGGCCAGCUGUCCGCUACGGAGGGCGAGCGGGACAAGGUGGCGGGGCGGCUGGCGGCCGAGGAGGCGGCGGUGGGGGAGCUCAAGCGGGUCAGAGCCAAGCUGGAGAAGGACCUGCUGGCUGCGGCCGAGCAAUCCAAGGCGGAUCUGGAGGCCCAGAAGGAGCAUUUCGAAAUGCUGCUGAAUAAGGCCCGGAGCGACCAGGUCGACGCGGAGGAGCGGGCUCGUGACGCCGCCGCUGCGGGUCUGGGUCGCAAGCUGCCCCACCCCAACCCCCAAACCGUCGACAGUAAUUUAUUUUGCUUUUACGUGUCCCCCCGCCAAAACACACAACUCCCCCCCUCCCUGCUUCUUCACAACCGCCGACUGGCGGACAUAUCCGACCUGGAGCGCCGCUGUCAGGCCGCCGAGCUGCGCCACCAGGACCUGGCGGCCAAGGUGCCCGAGGCCACCCGCCCCCUGCUGCGGCAGAUCGAGGCCAUGCAGGCGGCCAUGGAAGCCCAGGCGGAGGCGUGGGCGGGGGCGGAGGCGGCGCUGCAGGCGAGGCUCUCGGACGCGGAGGGGCGCGGCGCGGCGGCGGCAGAGCGGGAGAGGUUGGCGGUGGACAAGAUGCAUGUUCUCUCCAACAAGGUCGCGGGUUUGGAGGCCAGUCUGUCGGCCAGCAGGUCGGAGGUACGGCAGCUGAAUGAGGCGCUGGAGGGGGCCCGCGGGGCUCUGGCAAGCUCCAGGUCGUCCGCUGCUGCUGCGGCCCACCAGUCGGAGGUGCUUGGGGAGAGGUGCCGACUGCAGGAGCAACAGCUGGAGCAGUUGGAGACCGCCCUUCGUGAGCACCGGGACACGGAGCGGGCCGCUCGGGCCGCAGCGGAGUACGACAUAGCCUCGUUGCGGCGGGAGUACGAGAGGCGGCUGGCGGAGGCGGAGGGGGAGCUGACGGCGCUGCGGACCCAGGCGCAGGCGGAGGCCAUGAAGCGUCCGGAACCCCCGGCGAUGGCGGCCCCCGGGUAUCGCUGGGUGCUCGUCAAGGAGGGAGAACAACCGCCACAACCACCACAACCGGACCCACGGGGUGGGGGGGUGAGCUCCACCCCCAGUUACACCGCCAGCAGCGGCCGCUCCGCCUCCUCCUCAGCCACCGCGACCGCCGCCGCCACCUCCGGCACCAUGGGCUUAUCGGACCUCACCCUCGGGGCCGGCAGCGGCAGCGGGGGUGGGGGUGGGGGUGGGGGUAUUCAUGUGGUGAUGGCCAGUGAGUUGGAGUCUCUGCGGGGGGCUCUGAGGGCCAAGACGGGGGAGCUGGUGGCGGCGCAGCAGCUGGUGGGGGAGCUGGAAGCAACUCGGGACCGGCUGGCAGAGGAGCUGGUUGCGGGGUCCGCCCGCAGCGAGGCCGCUGCUGAGGCGCUUCAGGAGCGGGACCAGCUGCGCGAGGAGCUGGCGGAGAUGAGGGUGCGACUGAACAACGCGCUGGAGCUUGUGGGUGAGCGGGACGAGCAGGUGGAGGAGCUGCUUGCCGACCUGCAGGACGUCAAGUGCAUGUACAAGGACCAAAUAGAGUUCAUGUGCCAACAGCUUCUAGAGCUGCAGGGCCCCCGGCACACGGCAGGAGCAACAGCAACAGCACCAGGGGGGAGUGCCGCCGCGCUCCAGGGCGUCCACCGGAGGGUGGAGGGCAAAGGGACCGGGGCUUUGGAAAAGGCCAGUUGCGCAGUGCUUGCUGAUCAGAUGGAGCGUGGCGAAAAGGUUGUGGGCUUUACUGAGACCGUCAACUAA